CCGAAACGCACCCCAUCACUGCAUGCUCCGAAAAGAAACCCACAAAGAAGAAAAAGAGAGAAACAAUUUUGCCCCUUCCACCAUAAAUCCCAUCGCCAUUCCCCGCCCCACACCUCUCUUCCUUUCAACUUUAACGGCUUGGUUCCUUGUAAAGUUCGGAUCUUUAUAAACCUCUGAAUCUACUGGGUCGGCGGGACAGCUUUCCGGAGCCGGAGCUUCAAUGGGACCCAUCAGGGAUUUGAAGAGGAAGAAGAAGCCGGAAAAAGAUCUUGACCUUAAUGCCCCUACCAUUUUCCGACAGCCCAUGACUUUGGUCUCUUCUGACUGGUGGGAUGACUUCUCCCACAGGCUCCCUGGCUCUUCAAAAGACAGAGUUUCCUCCUUUGAAUCAGUUUUCAAAUUCUCCAGAAGGACGUUUAAUUACAUCUGCUCACUCGUUAAAGACGAGAUGAUGAACAAACACGUCAACCUCACAGAUCUCUCCGGCCACCGUCUCUCCCUCAACGAUCGAGUGGCGGUGGCGCUAACGCGUCUGAGCUCCGGCGGCUCCCUCUCCGUUCUCCGAGACACCCUCGGGAUUCACCAAUCCGCCGUCGGGCAGAUCACGUGGCAGUUCGUGGAGGCCAUGGAAGAGAGGGCGCUCCACCAUCUCCGGUGGCCGUCGACGGCGGAGGACAUCAGGGGUAUAAAGGACAAAUUCGAAAGCAUUCGGGGGCUGCCUAACUGCUGUGGGGCCAUUGACGUGACCCACGUCACUUUCGGUCAGUCCUCAACCGACCCGUUUGGUCAGAUCUGGUGCGAUUCAGAAAACAACCAGCAUAGCAUGAUCCUUCAGGCGAUCGUGGACCCGGCGAUGAGAUUCGUCGACGUUUUCGCCGGCAUGCCGGGGAGUUUGAGCGACGGCGAGACUCUCCGGUGCUCGAGGUUCUUCAAACUGGCGGAGGCAGGGAAGCGGCUGAACGGCGAGGCGCUGAAGCUGGUGGACGGGACCGAGAUCCGAGAGUACAUUGUCGGGGAUUCCGGAUUUCCGCAUUUGCCCUGGCUUCUCACGCCUUACCGGAGACGGAGCCGUCUUCUCCAUCACCAAUCGGAGUUCAAUCGCCGCCAUUCUGCAACCAGGAAAGUGGCGCGACGGGCUUUGACGAGGCUGAAGGAUCAAUGGAGGAUCAUUCAAGGAACAGUGUGGAGGCCCGAUAAGCACAAGUUGCCGAGGAUCAUACUUGUUUGUUGUCUUCUCCACAAUAUACUCAUUGAUUUGGAUGAUGAAAUUCAAAUGGAGGCUCUGUUAUCGCAAAAUCACGGCUCCGAUUACCGGAAUAGGAACUGGGAGGCGGCUCAUAAUAACAAGAGUGCUUGGAAUCAAAGAGAAAAGCUUGCUCUUUGUCUCUCUGGGGAGCAAGUUUCAUCACAUCCUUCUUAGUUGCAGUGAUUUAAGCAAUAUUUUGCACCUUCUCAUUAGCCUUUAGCAAAUGUGAAAAUUUUAUGGUCUGAGAUACUACGUACUCUAUACCCCUACUUUUUAGUUAGGUAAGUGAAAAGGAUUAGAUGAAUCAAGCUUGGUCAGAGUUAUGAAGAAUAUGAACAAUUGUUUUUAGGGAAAAGGGGCAAAACCCCCGACUUGUUACCAAAGGGCAUCCAAGACCCUAAACUUAAUUUUGAAGCAAAAAUAUGUCUAUUCCAUAAAAAGAGGGCAAUUUGCCC